AAUGUUGGACUGAACAGAUCGACGAAAACAAUUCGCAGAGAAGCAGUUACUAUAUUUAGAAGUCGCGGUACCGUAAGAAGCAGAACAGAGGACGUUGUUCUGUGUUCGUUGUCAGGUUUUCCGGUGUCGUCUUUGAUUCUUAAAUCAGUGAUAAUUCGGGCCCAAUGGUCCUAAUCAUGCAAAACAGAACCGAGAAACCCUCGGCUAUUGUGUGCAUCGCAUAUCGUCAAUUGAGUAUAAUGACCGGGAUUAAAGAUCCAACCGAAGAACCGAAGGUGGAACAAAUAAAACAAGAAAAUAAAGAGAUGAGUGCUAUUGUAAAAAAAGGUUUCACGGAUUUAACAAAUGUCUGCAUGCAAGAUUUUUUCGAGUUCUCGAGAGGCAUGACGGAAUCUUUCAGGUCAAUGUUAGAUGAUUUAAAAGAUCGCUUCGAACAGUUUCGUGAACAAAACAAAUCCAUAUUUGAUUUAUUUUCACUGUCAAAUCUACAAAAAUGGAUUCAACGUGAACAAUAA